AUGCUGAGGUGUUGCAACACGUGUCAAGAGUUGAAGGAAGCCUAUCAAGAGAUGGGCAUGCCCUACUUUCACAUCCUUGACACGGCGAUGCAAUGUCGCAACAGCGUGGGCUGCCGCGUGCACGGGGAUGUGCUCGUGUCGAAGGUGGGUGGGAACGUCCACGUGGCCCUUGGCAAGUCCACGGCGUUUGACCGACCUGCUUCCCUAGCCGCAGCCAAGCUGCCAAGCUGCGGAAUCCAAGCAGCCGCUUUGGUCAUGGAGAUGAUGCACGUGCUGUCGGAGUCGGGCUUGGAUCAUAUCAAGAAGCACCAGUACAAAGCUGGGAAGUACACGCCUUUGGACAACCUUUUGAACCCCUACUGGAUCCAGCUCGCCGAGGCAUUGCCACGAUGGCUGGCGCCCAACACUGUGACCCUCGUGGGCUUCUGCCCCUUGGUGAUCAGCUAUGCCUUGUCCUAUUGGGUGUCCCCCAGCUUCGAGACGCCCCCGCCGCGCUGGCUGAUGUUCGUCAUGACGGGUGCACUCUUCUUCUACCAGACCAUGGAUGCCAUGGACGGGAAGCAGGCGCGACGCACGGGGAGCAGCUCGCCGCUCGGGCAGCUCUUCGACCAUGGCUGUGACUGCCUCGCCUGUGUGGCACAGACGGGCGCGGCUGCGGCGGUGUUGAGCUUUGGGCCAAACUUCUUGGGGCUUUUCAGCUUGAACAUCCUCUCGUCGGGCUUCUUCAUGGCACAAUGGGAGGAGUAUCACACUGGCACCCUGCCAACUGCCUACGGACCUGUUGGGGUCACCGAGACGCAGUUCUUCUUGAUGGGCUUGACCUUGGUCUCAGGGCUUCUGGGGCCUCAGGUGGUGGAGUCGUUCACGAACAUGGAGCUGAAUCUACCUCUGCUGGGCACGGUGGUCUUCAAGACGCUCUUCCUGAAGGGGUGGAUGCUUUUUGUGGGCUUUUUCAUGACGAUGUGCAUGCUGAAGAACGUCGCACAGGCCCUGCGGGAGCGAGGGCUCCCUGGCGCCGCCGUGCUCCAGGAUUUGGUGCCGGUGCUGCUGCAGAACGUGCUCCUGGCGUGUUGGAGUCCGCAGGUCGUGGCGGCCGCUGCGAGGGAGAUCAGCCUCUGGACGCUCUUGCUGCUGUUCUACUACACCGCGCAGAUGAUCCUUUUCUCGAUGGCCAGGAUGCCCUUUCCCAUGCUGCAGAAAUGGCUGGCGCCCUACGCCCUCCUGGUGCUUCUCUCCUGGGCCGUUCCGCCCUUGCUGCUGCGGCGUCUCCUCGUCGGCUUGCUCACGGUCUUUGGAGUGUGGCUGCUUUGGUGGCUGGCAUCGGUUCAGAAGCAGCUGACGCGAAAGCUUGAAAUCUACACCUUCAACAUCACCAAGAAAUAUGUCAACGGUGCUCACGCAAACAAGUCGAUCGACUAA